AAGCUUUGCAAGAAUCACAGAUAUGCUACAUUUUGGAUGGGAUUCUCUUCCUUUAUGGGAUCAUCCUGACCGUCCUCUACUGCCGACUUAAGUUCCUGAAUCGGAAGAAGACUCCAGCGCCUUCUGCCAUCUACGAAAAAGUGGAUCCCAUCUAUGCGGGUCUGGACGUUCAGGAGAUGGAACCAUACAGCACACUAGAAGCUUCGAAAGCACCCCCCGAAGGGCUGCCUCCCAGGGAGACCCCUUCCAACGAAUGAACAUCUGUCUCCAAACAACAUCUGGAUAGGCUUCCCCGGCUUCCGAUCUGGGCCAAGUUUGGUGUCGGGAGAGAAGCCAAAAAUCAGAAGGGACUCUGACAUCUCAAACUUCCUCCAGAGUUUUAAUUUUUGGCAACGCAAAAGGCACACAAACGAAUGUGGGUGCCUGGGAAUUCUAGUGGAGCUACCAAAAUCCUCCUGUUUUGGGGGGGCAGGUGUUGGGGGGGGUAUUUUUGCUAGUUCUCGAUUUACGACCACAACGCAAGGCUAGAAUUUCCAUGGCUUCCAUUGCAAUUUCCAAGCAAGGGAAUUGUUAAAAGUGUUUGAUUUUAUGAGCUUUCGGCCAGGGAAGUUAAGUUAAUCACUGCUGUUAAGCAAAUCAGGUAGUUGUUAAGCGAAUCUCAUCUAUCAUCUCUCUCUCUCUA